AUGACAAGGGUCGUCGUCUUCGGAGCUUCAGGCGUGCAAGGAGCCGCCCAGGUGGCCGCCCUCGCCCGCACCGGCCACCAUCCCGUCGCCGUCAGCCGGAACCCCAAACCCCUCGCCAUCGACGGGAAACCCAUCGAGACGUUCGCAGCCGACUUCACGGACGAGCCGGCCAUCUCCCGAGCCCUCGAGGGCGCGGAGGUCAUCUUCCUGAACCUGCCCUCGACCUCCUUCCAGGCGGCUGGUCCCGUCUUGGCUGGUGCUCGCGCCGUGGCGUCCGCGGCCUCCCGGACGCCGUCCGUGCGGCUCGUCGUCUUCAACACGAGCAUGCCGGUCCCGGAGGAGAAAAGGGGCAUCAAAGCCCAAGACGACCGCGUCGACAUCCGCCGCAUCCUGCGGGAGGAGGCCGGCCUCCCCGUCAUUUCCAUCCAGCCCGUCGUCUUCCUCGACAACCUGCUCGAAGGGUGGGCGUACCCGCCCAUCGCCGAGCGGUCUACCAUCGUCUACUGCCACAAGCCCGACCUCGAGGUGUCGUGGAUUUGCCACCACGACGUCGCCCAGCUGAUGAUUGCCGCCAUGGACAAGCCGCACCUGGCAGGCCGGAACAUUCCUGUCGGAGGGCCCGAGACCGUGCGGCUGGAGCGGUUGGCCGAGAAGCUCUCCCGCGCGUGGGAGCGCCCCUUGGCGUAUGAGAACCAGACGGUCGACGACUUUUGCGCGAAGAUCAGCGCGUCCAUGCGUGAGAGGGCGGGCAUCGACGCGGAUCGCAUCAUCACGCAGAUGCACAAGGCUUACACUCACUACAACGAGUCUCCCGAGAAGCCGUUCAAGAUUGAUAUGGGCCCCGUGCUGAAGGAGUUGCCUGUUACUCUAACCCCUAUCGAGGAGUGGGGGAGGAGGACCAAACACAGACUGCCUGAUUCUUCCAGGGAAACAUAG